AUGAGAGCAGAAAAAAGGUGUAAUAAAUUAAAAUCAUAUCCCUUUUUUUUAAAUCAUAUUAUACAUUUCAAUAAGUUAACUAAAAAUAAUUGUUUCAAUAAAUACAAAAAUAAAUCUCAACCAAAAUAUCAUAUUAAAAGUAACAUGGAAAAACACGAUUCUCCGUUCAUAGUAGUUUAUGUUACAACCCCAAGUAAGGAGGUAGCUGAAAAGAUAUCUUAUGUAUUAUUAGAAGAAAAAUUAGUAAGUUGUGUAAAUGUUAUCCCUGGAAUUCUUAGUUUGUAUCAUUGGAAAGGAGAAAUAGCUAAAGAUAACGAAGUAUUAAUGAUGAUAAAAACAAAAAAACAUCUUUUUGAUGAAAUAGUAAAAUUGGUAAAAUCCAAUCAUCCAUAUGAAAUACCAGAAGUUAUUGCUGUUCCAAUAGAAUAUGGAAGUAAAGAUUAUUUAGAUUGGGUAAACAAUUCAGUAAAGCAAAUAUAA